AUGGUGGCCACCAGGCGCGCGGCGGCCCGGAGCCGGGCGGGGGCAACGCGGGCCAGGAGAGGUAGCGGUAGCCCCUCGGGGACCGAACCAGCCGAGUCUUCGGAGAUGGCGUCUGCUGAAAUGAGUACUCCUGUGUCUGUAAGGAUGACUAGAAGAACAACUAAAUCAAUUUGUAAGCCAGAGGUAGUUCAGGAAUCUCAGUUUGAAGAAUUGGAGCAUGCAGAAGCAAGGUCGAAUGUCAGUGAUAGUUUAGAGGUACAAAUCGCUAGAAAUGACAACACAGCUGUUCAUUCAGCACAGUCGGUUACUGAAUCACAAGCUGAUGGGGAUGUGUCAGAAACAGAAUUAAACUGCUCUGAUAUGUCUGGCCUUCAGACGCCUUUGUAUGUUAGAGUAACAAGAAGACGACAAAUUGUAGUUCCUUAUCAACCAGAUUAUCCUGGCAAAAAAAAACGUGACAAGACAGUUUUUCUAAAUAAGUUAAGCAGGAUUCUGGAUGAAGAUGGUGUCUCUGAAGCUGAGUCUUGUUCCUCUGCUGUUUCUGGUGUCCACAUGCCUAAUGUUCCCAGAAGCACGCCCAGAAGGCGGCAAAGCAAAAAGAAAAUGCAGCCAUGUACAGUCCAUGAAGACCAGAGUGAAGAUGUUUCUGAUGCAGAGUCAUACUUAAGUACUCAUAGGGAACCACCUGUCAUUACCAAACGAAUUACUAGGAGCAUGCACAUAAAAUCACAAGCAGAAAAUACUAAGCAGACUGAAAAAGGAAGCAGAAUUGUUUCAGAAGAUGAAGAUGUAACUAAGGACACCGUUAAAUCUGAGCUAGAAAUAAUUCCUGAUUCUAGACCUGCUGCAGAACUUGUGCCUGACACAGAAGGUGCCUCUGUCACUGAAAAUAAUAAAGAAUCCAAUUCACUUAAAAGCAAAUAUUUUUCAAGAUCUGCUGACACAAGCCAGAGUGAAGAAGUGAACAAAGAGGUUUUGAAUGAUGUGACACCUAACAGUCUUAGAAAAAUGAGACAAAGUAACAUUGAAUCACCUGGGAAAAAAUCAAUUAAAAAAAGAGAUACUGUUGGAGUAGAUGAUUUGGGGGAAGCAUGCGGCCAAAUACAAGAAGAACACUGUGGAAUACUUAUAAAGGAGGGGAAAUUUGAGCAUAUGGAUCUUCCUUUGGAUGAUUGCCUGAGUUCCAAAGGCUUUUUAGAAUCCCCAGAGCAAGUAACGCUACAGAAAAGUAAAAAAAUUCCAGAAUGCAAAAAAGCAGAUGUUGAGGCUGAUGCACAGCAGUCUUUCACUCAUGCUGAUAAAUUAAGAAAGGGUAAGCGAAGUAGUGCAGUCAUCAGUCCCCAAAAGGAUACAGUUGUUGCACAAAGCGCUGAUCACGUUGAUAGAUGCAGUACACUGAAGACCAGUAUGGUCAGUGGUGAAGAACAAACAGGAGAGUAUGUUGAAUCUUUGUCUCAAAGCAGUAAGAGAUCAAGUCAUGGAAACAAUUCUCUUGUGUUUCUGAGCAAAGAUAAGAGUGAUGAACGUGAAAAUUGUGAUGUGGCAGACAGAGAUAUGGAAGAGAAUCUGUGUUAUAAAGAGGCAAUUAAGAGGACUCCUUCCCUCAAAAACUCUCUAAAAAACAGUUCACUGCAUGCUGAAGGGCUUUUUGUAAUUGAUACUGAGCCUGGCAUGAGUUCCAGCCGUAAGUAUUAUCUAGACCAGGUAGACCAAGAUAGUGAUGCUGAAAGUAAGCAAGAAGUACAUGAAAAAGAUGAAGAGUCCUCAGAUCUGGAAGAGACUGGAGAGGAAUUGAUAGAUGAAGAUGAGAAAGAUGAAGAUGAUGAUUUGUUGGAAGAUAAGAUUGAUGUUUUACAUCUUUCCAGCAAGAUAGACCCUGGUUUGAAUAUCAAGAAGCUUGGAGGUUUAUAUAUUAGUUUUGAUGCAAAAAAACAGAAGCUUAAAUCAAGUGUAAUUAAACAACCGAAGCAGAAAAAGAAGGACCAGCUCUUGCAGAAGAGUAUAAUAACUCCAGAUUUUGAAAAAAAGGAAUGCGUCCCACCCUUCAGGGAAUCCCUUCACCAGCUAAAGAAACAGCGAAGGGCAGAGCGAGAGAAAACAACGGGUGAUGGUUGGUUUGGUAUGAAAGCCCCAGAAAUCACAAGUGAACUGAAAAAUGAUCUUAAAGUUCUGAAGAUGAGAGCUUCGUUGGACCCUAAGCAUUUUUACAAGAAGAAUGACAGAGAUGGUCUACCCAAGUACUUCCAGAUUGGAACUGUGGUUGAUUCUCCCAUAGACUUCUACCACAGUCGAAUCCCUAAGAAACAAAGGAAGAGAACAAUUGUUGAAGAGCUGCUUGCGGAUUCUGAGUUUAGAAGAUAUAAUAAAAAGAAGUAUCAGGAGAUCAUGAGUGAAAAAGCAGCUUUUGCAGCAGGGAAGAGAAAUCGGAAGAUGAAGAAAUUUCGCAAUUAAGACUUGAAGAAAAAUAACA